AUGACAGCAGAAGGACAAUCGACAGCGCCGGCGCGGCCCAAGGUCACCCUUGCUCAAGGAACGGUGGUAGGGAUCCAACAACAGGAUGCGUACCCCAAGCCCGUCGACGCCUUCUUAGGGAUCCCCUACGCCCUGCCGCCCACGGGCGACAGGAGGUUCCGACCGCCCGAGAAGGUGGCGCGCUCUUACGACGUCAUCGACGCAUCCAAGUUCGGACCGCGAGCGCCCGCGAAACAGUUUAUCAUCAAGGGGCCGAAGUUGGAGGAAAGCGAGGACUGUCUCACGGCCAACGUCUUCCGCCAAACGGGGACCGGCGGUCCGGGUUCAAAGCCGCUGCCGGUCGCCAUCUACAUCCACGGCGGCGCCUUCAACCGCGGAAAUGCCGCGAUGCACGACAGCGCUUCGAUGGUCGGCUGGUCCGCCGAGCCUUUCGUCCUUGUGUCGUUCAACUACCGCAUCGGCGCUCUCGGAUUCUUGCCUUCGAAACUUAGUGCCAAGCACGGGGCGCUCAACCUAGGGUUGAAGGACCAGAUUCUGCUCAUGGAAUGGGUGCAGGAGAACAUUGGCCAAUUUGGAGGUGAUAAAAACAACAUCGGCCACCACCUCCUCGACUACGAGGAAGGCAAACCUCCGCUCUUCCACCGCGUCAUCAUGGAGUCCGGCGCGCCGACAUCACGCGCCGUGCGCCAUUACGACUCAGACAUUCACGAAGAGCAGUUCAAAGCCUUCCUAAAAGAAGUCGACUGUCCAGAAAGCCUACCAGAAGACGGGAUCUUCCCCUUUCUGCGCUCCAUACCCCUCUCCGUGAUCGCAAAAGCGCAGACCACCGUCUUCUACAAAUACAACCCGAGUCUGCGCUGGGCCUUCCAACCCGUCAUAGACGGCGAAAUCAUCCGGCACCGGCCGAUCGACGGCUGGCGCACCGGCAAAUGGCACAAGGUGCCCAUAAUGACCGGCUUCAACGGCAACGAGGGCUCGCUCUACGUGCCCAAGACGAUAUCCAAGUCCACCGAGUUCACCGCCUUCUUCCACGAGCUGCUACCGCAACUAACGCAAGAGGACCUCGACGCCAUCGACGCGCUCUACCCGGACCCGGCCACGGUGCCGGACUCGAUCUACAAGGAAGACCGGCUGAGCUACGGCGUGGGGCCGCAGUACAAGCGCAUCGAGGCCGCGUACGCGCACUACGCGUACGUCGCGCCCGUGCGGCAGACGGCGCAUUUCGCGGGCCCGCGCGUGCCCGUGUACCUGUACCACUGGGCGGCCGUGAGCAGCGUCGUCGGCGGCGCGAGCCACGGCGACAACAUGGCGUACGAGGUGCGCGAGAAGGCGGUCUGCGCCAAGUCCAAGGCGCAGGACGAGUUGGCCGGCGUGCUGCACGCGUACACCACCAGUUUCAUAUGUACCGGCGAUCCGAAUAAGAUCCCCGGGGCUUAUGGGGAUAGGCCGGAGUGGGUUUCGCACGAGGGGGCUGAGCCGAAGAAGGUUGUGUUUGGGCUGGGUAAUGAGGAGUUGAUUGGUGGUGGCGUUGGUGUGCCUGCGACGGUCGAGGAUGAUGUGUGGGCGAAGAAGGAGAGCGAUUUUUGGUGGGAGAAGGUUGAGAUAUCGCAGCAAUGA